AUGCAAAGUGUGACUCCUACUUCUACGAAUCACCGCCAGAGUCGAGGAGGAUUCAGUGCAUCGUUUAAAACCGAAGCCUUCAUUUUGAGAAGGUCUCUAGACUACCAGCUGGAGAAAGGAUCGGAUGAGGCUAAAGUAUAUGCGAAACGUCUUCUCGACGUCUUUAAUAAACAUCAUAAUUUCGAAAAUGUCGAGGCCUUUUGGAAAACGAUCGAAGCCCAAAAAUCCGAAAAAGAACAACUCGAAGAUUCGAAGAUCCAGGCGUUGCGAAGCGUUUUCGAAGGAGCGACCAUGUACACGAACCAGGUAUUUCAAACGGCCGCAGAAAACUUAAUCUCUGCCAAUAUUGUGAAUGAAAGGAAAAGACCCGCAGAGGAAGGUCAUCCCAUUCUUAUGCGCCCGCCCAACCUUCGUGACCGUGAUGAAUGUGAAGAGGCCCAUCAUAUAGAUCGUAUGGAAGGCCAGAAGGAG